AUGCAUUUCUUCUCUGCUGCUGCCUUCCUGCUGGUAUUUGUGCCAAGUUUACCCACUGAAGCAGGCAAAUGUCCCAGAGUGUGCAGCUGUGACAACACCAAACUCACAGUUGCCUGCGUUGGCAAGAACUUAACUGAGGUUCCCCCGACUAUAGAUGAGAUUACAGUGAAACUCGAUCUGAGGGGUAACAACCUGCAGGUGCUGUCCAGGGGGGCAUUCAUCGCCACGCCCUACCUCACCCACCUCAACCUGCAGCGCUGCAACAUUAUCACGUUGAAGGAGGGCGCUUUCCGGACCCUGGGCCGCGUGGUCUCAUUAAACCUGGCCUACAACAAAAUUGACAUCCUUUACCAGGAAUCAUUUGAUGGCCUCUCCUCCUUGAAGGAGCUGUAUCUGGACCAUAACCGUGUAGAGGAGAUCCAGCCUGGAGCCUUCACGCAGCUCGGUUUCCUCAACAUGCUGGCCCUCACCCACAACCAGCUGGUUUACAUCCCCAACAUGGCCUUCCAGGGUCUGAACAACAUCAAGUGGCUUCGUCUUAGUCAUAAUUCCCUGAACAACUUGGCCACUGAGGCAUUCGCUGGAUUGUUCACCCUCAGCCGCCUCAGCGUGGACCACAAUGAGCUCCAGUUCUUCCCCACUCAGACCAUGAACAGACUUCGUGAUGUCACGCGACUGGACAUGAGCCACAACCCCAUGACCUACCUCGGGGAAGAGUCUGUCUCCAUGGCGAAGCUUACACACCUCUAUCUCGACCACAUGUCCCUUCAGGACCUGUCAGAUCAGGCUUUGUCCCAGGCCCCCCGUCUCUCCCACUUGGACCUCAGCCACAAUCAGCUUCGUAACCUGGAGCCCCUCUCAGGCCCCAAGGAGCUGGCCAGCCUCAACCUGACUGGCAACCCAGUCUACUGUAACUGCUACAUGCGGCCUCUGAGGGAGUGGGCCAGUGUCCGUGGUGUGAAGCUGCUGGGAGCCUGUGUUGGACCUCCUCACCUCUCAGAGGAGCCGCUGCAGGCGGUGGCUCCUCUGGAUAUGCGCUGCCGCAGCCGAGGGGAGACACUGAAAGACGAGUUUGAGAAGGAUGACGAGAGCACAGGAAGCACCCCACCCACUACCAAGCCCAAGCUGAAAGUCAAGUGUCCAGUUAACUGUGACUGUGAUAUUGAAGCCCAGCAUGCUACAUGUGAGGGUCGGGGUCACAGUAAAGUCCCGCGAGGCUUCCCCACCAAGACGCAGCUGCUUGACCUCCGCAGCAACCACUUCCACUACCUUCCUGCCAACAGCUUCCCAGGCACCAACCAAGUUGUUUCUCUUCACCUGGAGUUCUGCAAAAUCCACGAAAUUGAAAGCGGAGCCUUUCGGGGAAUGAGAAACCUGUUUUAUUUGUAUCUUUCUGACAAUGACCUCACAUCCUUGGACCCUGGAGCCUUUGCUGGAGCCCCCGAGCUCACGUACCUUCACCUUGAGGGGAACCGGCUGGCACAGUUCCCUGGAUCAGCUGCAGCACUCUUACCAAGUCUGUUUGUGUUACACCUGGAGCGAAACGCCAUCUCUAAACUAGAGCCCACUGGUUUGCUGUCCUCAGUAACCCCUAAACUCAGGGAACUUUACUUGACAAAUAACACCAUAACUUCUAUUGCCAAGGGUGCUCUGGACUCUGCUUUCCUUGGUACACUUCACCUGGAUUCAAAUCAGCUGACGGAGAUGCCUACUCACGCUCUGUCUGAGGCCCCCAACCUGGAGGAGCUCAGCCUGUCUCGGAAUUCAAUUCGCUGGGUGGGAGCAAAUGCAUUCCAGCCCAUAUCCCAAAGUCUGAAGAGGCUUUACAUGGAUCAGAUGGGCAUGGAGAAGAUGUCCAGGGAGGCUCUUGCUGGGCUGGGCCCAGGACUGAAGGCUCUGACUGUGAGAGGAAAUCAGCUGGAGGAGCUUCCUGACCUGAGCCCACUCACAGGUCUGGAGGUGGUCGACCUGCAGGACAACCCACUGCUGUGUGACUGUCCUCUGCUGCCGCUCCGCAGGUGGAUAGAGAACGUAAGCUUGGAGGUGACCGCCACCUGUGGUCACCCUCCUGAGGUCAAAGGUCAGAAGGUCAGGGACGUCCAUGUCUUCACGUCCUGCCCAGAAAGUGUCUCUCCUCCAGAUGAGAAGGUUGUUGUGGCCCCCAGACCACCAAAAGUGAAGAAACCCAAACCCAGCCCCUCGAAGGCCCCUGGAGUCAAAGCUACGCCUGCAAAGCACAAAGCUAAACCACCCAAAGCGACCAAGAAUAGGCCUCAGAAGAAACCUGUGACACCAAAAGUGACAAAGAACAAGAAGACGCUGUAAUAAGUGAAUAUAACAGUCAGUCUGAGCUGCAUAUUAAUGAGUUUCUUAUUGCAGUCUGACAAU